GCACAACUACCUAUUUCACACCAUUUAAACUUCCCGCAACUCAUAUUUUCAGAUUUUUCUCUCCAACAUAUAUGAGAGUAUUUCCCUUCCCUUCCAUUAGCCAAAAUAUGUUUUCAGAUUUGAUCACUCUCCCUCUUUCUUAGAUUAGGCAUUCAACUCCGUUUCACUGCUUCAAUGCCGGUGCCGUUGUUCACUGCCAGCCAGAUUUGCUAUCACCAGUGUGAGGCCAAGGUGAAGAGAUCCCAAAUCGGUAUCUAAUUUCCGGCCGAAAUCAACCUUUUUUUCCCGGUCCGGUAUCUAAUUUCCGGCCGAAACCCGGUAUAUAUCCCUGUACGGGCAAAACCGGUCCGGUAGACCGGUAUUUAAACCGGUACGAAACACCACCGGUACGAAAUAUACCGGCCGCUACAGUACGGAAUUGUCUUCCUGAACCGUCCGUACUGACUCCCACGGAAAAUGAUAAUGAGCGGUAGAUGCCGUCGAGUCAAGGAAUGGUUUCGCGAUUAUAUUUUCUUCAACCCAAAAGCCUUCUUCAUUUUAGGUUUAGUUUUAAGCCAUAGCUUCGCUGAAUAUGCAGUGGUGUCCACCUUGAUAGAUUAUCUCACAGAUAAUUGGAUGAAGGAACAUCUACCAGAAGCUGUGGCAAUUAUAAAUCUCCAAGAUGGCGUAAAAAUUGUAUUAUCACUUUUUCUCGCUUAUGCAGCAGAUUCCUGUAUGGGACCUAUGGGUCGUUUCAAAGUGGUUCUUUGUACCACUUUAGCCUAUAUUUUGGGAUUGAUGCUCUUAUGGUGCUCAGCUAAUAAUUACCUUAGUCCAAUUCGAGAGAUUGACGUGUUCUAUGCUGCAGCAGUGAUUCUAGUAGUGGGUAUGGCUGGUCAAGAACCACCUCUAAGAGCCUUUCUUGCUGAUCAAUUAAGUUAUGAGAUAGAAAAUCCAACAGAAGAAAAGCUGGAAGAAAUAGAUGAUCGUACAGAUAUUUUGUGGCGAGUUGCCAGGUUUUCUGGAGCCACUAUUGCUCUCGUUUCCCUUCCAAAUUCUACAUGGGAAAUGGCCUUCGGAGUUUCUGCCCUGGUGAUGGGAGCAAAUCUUUUGCUAUUCUUGUUUGGCAAAGGUCUCUCCUGUUACAAACCCCACAAACCAGACGGGAGCUCCUUUGGAAUUAUUCUUCGAGUUUUAAAGGCAGCCAUACACAAUCGGAAUCGCAACUACCCUCAGACAGAAAAAGGGUAUUAUUGGAAAACCCUUACACAACCAGGACUGAUCGAUAAGAGCAAUGGUCAAACACAUUUGAAGCCUAAAGUUCCAUUUCUAAGAAGGUUAGACAAAGCUGCAGUAAUUGAUGAAGGAACACCCCCAGUCAGUCCAAAAGAACAAAAAGAACAAGAACUUCCUGGGCAUCUUUGCACAGCUGAACAAGUGAGGGAAGUAAAGCGCCUUUUUACUUUGAUACCUAUUUGGACAAGCUUUCUCGGCUGUAGUUUGGUUGCAGCUACCGGAAACACUUUCUUUUAUGAACAAACAAGCAACAUGGAUGUUCGCAUUGCCAGUAAUAUCGAGGUUCCUUUAAAAGUUUUAUUUGCCCUUAGGUCCAUUAUAUGCUACAUAAUAUCAUACAUGUUUUGGUCCAAGAAAGCAAGACAACAACAAGUUACACGGAUCAGAAUUGGUGUCGGGAUGAUUUGUUCUGCAUUAUGUUGCUUUGUAGCUUGGCAGGUAGAGGUCCGCCGACUAUAUUUAACUGAGGAAGAGAAAAUUGAUCCUAUCUCUAUGAGUGUCCUCUGGUUAAUUCCACAAUUUAUUUUGUUAGGUCUAAUGGAAGGACUUGCCACUUAUGGGCUUCAGGAAUUCUUCUAUAAGCAUGUCGCUAUAUCAAUGAGGAGUUACGGUCCAUCGUUCAGUGAUUGUGUAUUAGGCUUAGGAAAUUUCAUCAGCAUGCCUUUCGUUUUACUGUGUAGAAGCUGGUUCAAGGAUUCCAUAAACACAAGUCAUCUCGACAAGUAUUAUCUGACUUUGGCAAUACUGAGUUCUGUGUUCUUUGCCUUUUAUGUGAAUGCCUCAUCCUCAAUAGAGUCUGUCCACAUGGGAAGUCCAUCAAAUGAUGAGGAAUCAAACGAAAGCUUGGAAGAUCAAAGGGGAAAUGCAACAGAGGGAGUGGAAUUAACCGGGAUCAAGGAUGGCAAUGAUUACACAACUAGGAGCUUCUCGUCCUCCCUACGGAGGAGAAAAAAUGUGGCUACAGCAUCCACUGCCGUUAGAUUUUUUGUGCUCCUAAAAGAUAAAUUGGCUUUGGAAUCACCCGCAAAUGCAGACUCCCCUGAAAUUACGGAGGAACCCCUUUUGCAAUCCCAUGCAUCGACUGGAGCUGAAGAGGUAGUCUCUGAAUGAUGAGCCAGGAAGCCUCUCUUACUCUGAACGGCGAAGAAAAGUGGCUACAGUAGCCACUGCUACUGAAUGAUCUGUGCAGAAGCCUCCCUUUGAUUAAGGUAGUCCCUGUUGAUAAGCCAGGGAGCCAACAAGACUAAAUUUGGAUGGAUUGAGGUCAAUCUAAACCCUUAACUGUUAAAUGAUGUUAGGACUCACUACGCAUUGUUGUCGCAUCUGAAAAUAAUAUUAGUAUCAGUGCUAAUUUAUGUAGUAUUGGUGAUAGUAUCUAUUCGUGGUUUAAAAAACUCUUCCCCACCCGCGGGGGUCAAUAGAACCCUGUAUUUUUAACAAUCCUAUACUCUUGAAUUUUUGUUGGCACCAUGCAAAUUGGAUUUACAAGUAUUAGCAUGUUUCAA